AUGGUUCUAUGGCGGAAGAAGCCCUUUGUCUCCCCAACCGCUGUCAUAACACCAAGCAGCCCAAAAAUCGAUCUUCGGCCAGCUUCGCCGCGAGCAGCCCGUGGCUAUGCGUCAUCCCCAUCCUGCUCCAUCUAUUCGGUCUGCGGAGAUGAAGCAUGGAUCUCGCAAGAGGAUAUGGAUCAUCUCAGACAGCUAAGCGAGGUGCAUCAUCCUGCCCCUCAGAAUGGAGAUCCAUACGGCAAGGGAGUGAGGCUUCUGCCGCCUGGCUGCAAGGUUGGCCGCUUGGUCGGAGAGGGUGCUGCUAAUGCCGUCUUCGAACUUGUGCUUCCAGAUGGCUCAUAUCUCUACCACCAGACUUCUCGUCUUUUACUGCGAGUCGCCAAGGCUCCAAUUGAUGGCGAUCGCCCCCGCUUCAAUUACUUGCAGCAGUACCAGUACUAUUGUACUCACAUCAAGCCCAUUCUUGGAUCCUACAUUUUGCAUCAGGAGCUUGUGAUCCUGCGUGAUGCGAACCUCAUUGACCCCAUCAACGACUAUCUGAGAGCAAUUGAUCACCAACGAGACCUCAAGUUCAGAGGCACCUUCAUAGAGCCAUCUGAGUGGGGGUUUCUCGUAGAGGAUAUGCAACCUCAUGGUAAUAAUUGCGACCCUUCCCACCCCUUCGAAUUCUCAUAUCCGGACCUUUCACUCACUAUCUCAGACCCCGAAACCACAAUACUGGUGGAAUUUAAGCCAAAGUGGCUGUCCCAGUCCCCCAACGCCCCCAAAAAUGCCAUUCGCUGCAGGCAAUGCGCCAAGGAGCUCUACAGUUACAUAGUCGAUCCUCAAGUUGGAAAACCUGUUCCAACAAAGGCUAAACCUUGUCCACUCAUGAUUGGGAAUGAUGCGAGCAACCCUGCAUUCACCGAUUCCGUGUGUCGAAGAGUGCCCAGUACCGACAAGAGAAGGAAGCGACUCAAUAGCACCUUGGAUGUACUGAGAAAUGAGCCAGCUUUCAAAACUCUCCGGCUCGCCCAGGAAGCAAACGACCACGUUGGACCUUUGAAAGCGGACAAGAAAGAUGCACAGUUUGCUCUCGCUAUGACGCUGCGGGAUUGCACAUGCUUCGCCCAGGUCCUAACUGCGCCAACCCAGCAACAAGACUCGUUCAAACCACUCAAAAUCAGGUUUGGGGACUUCGACAUGAAGAUGCCAGAGUUCAAACUUACUUAUUGGCGAACUAUUGAGGAGCAGCUCAUCAAGGGUGGAUUCUACACUGCCGACAUGAUCUACUGCCGGGGCCAAUUCUAUCGUCCGCCAACCAAGUGUUAUCUCGAACGAGGUCGCCCGUCAAGGCCCAUGGAGGAAUUGGAGGUUAUCCAUCUCCAAGAGCCCAAUAAGAAGAAUGGAGUGGAUUCAUUACCACCUACGAUGAAAUCGAUGACGCAUUCUAUCAAUACAGACGUCGAUCUUAUGGAAAAGUGCCUUGAGCACUACAAAGUCAGAAAACCAGAAGGCUCGCAGAAGGGCUAG